AUGGGUGUGGGGCGCCUCAUUCGCCUCUACCCUACUCUUAUCCUACAGGUGCAGCUUUGGGCUUCUUCCUCUGGCAGCUCUCCCAAGAUCUUCUCGGCUAUGUCAUGUUGUGACACAUGCGUGCCUACAUUCUGCAGAUUAAAUGCAAGCCACAGUGAAGAUUCUGUCACCAAAGAAUCAUCAGAUGCCGUCUUAACAAAGAAAAAUUCUGAUGAUGAGGAUGACGACCAGCCGCGGGUGCUUCAAUUAACAAAUCAGCACAAAGCGGCUAUCAGAGCCGUAAGAAAGAUUAGGUACUUCCUAGCCAGACGUAAGUUCAAAGAGGCCCUAAAACCCUAUGAUGUAAAAGAUGUAAUAGAACAAUAUUCCUCGGGCCAUGCAGAUCUCCUAACAAGAGUUAAAUACCUGCAUGGGAGACUAGACCAGAUCCUAGGGAAGCAAGGUUCUAAAGCCAAAGAUGUAUAUGAGUCGAAGAUUAGUCUGGCUUCUAGAAUUGUUAAGGUGGAAAGGCAGGUUGAUGAUAUUGAAUCAAAGUUAGAUCAAUUGAUUGACCUGUAUAUGGAGGAUCGGAAGCGUCUUUUGGCAUUGCCCUCUACUAUUGUUCCCAAUGUGCCUCCUGCCCCAUCUGCAGCUGCUCCGCAUCCAGGUUCUCCUGACAGCUGUAGCAGUGGUCCUACUACAUCGUUUGCACCUGCCACCAGUAAUUCUCCCACGGCGCCAUCGUCUUCCCUUGCCGUUCCAGGUGCCCCUCCGCCCUAUGCAUCGGUGCUCAAGCCUAAGCCAAUCUUGGUGGACAAACAAGCGUCAGAACCCAAUACACCCACAAACAAAUAUUUUGAGAGACCUAUGACUAGGGGCAACUCUGAUGUCUCUCAGAGAAUGAAAAAACGAGUUACUUUAAGCUCGCUGCCGUCCCGCCAUUCCUUAGAGGCAAAGGAGCCUGACUUGCUGCAGGUGCCACAGGUGGUACAGAUAGAGCAUGUGGCUGCCCCAUACAUCGACGAAGACUGUGAUUCAAGUACCCAAGAUGAUGACAACAGUACAAUCACUACUGAGUAUGACUCACUAGAGCCAGCCACAAUUCUAGAGGAGAAUGAGGUCUCCCCCUUCAUCAUCCCAACCAUCUCGGCAUCUGUUGCCCAGGACGGUGCAUCUUUGCAGGUCCCUCCACCAGGCAUUUUAAGCCAUUCUGGGAAUCAUCAUCAUAGCAGUUAUCAGCAUUAUCACCACCUACACCAUCACUAUCGACGCCACAUGCAUUAUUCUCACCGUUUUCCUCACCCAUCAUCGUCAUCAUCAUCAUCAUACACGCUACUACCCGUCCUUGAGCCACCAGUAUUGGUGACGGAGAGCAUUGAGCUACAUGCCGUUGAUAGCUCGGAGCUCUUGCCACCAGAGAUUGUCACAACCAUCCCAAUGGAGGAAACCUCGUCAUGAUGGCGCAAGAAUAGACAUCAACACUUCUUGCUCAGGGCAUUCUAGAGUCUAGUUUUAUUUUUUACUUGUACUCUUAUCCCACUUUAACAGUUUGUCCUUAACCUCUUCUUCACAACCUUGUCACUAACCAAGGAUUUCUGAAUUUCUUAGUUAACACAAACAACACACUAUUUAUAAAUUACUGAUGACAACUCUGUCAUUUGAAUAUGGCACAUGUGUUAACUAAGUGCUUGAGCUUUAAUUUAUAUUCAUAGUCUCUGAUGUACAGUAUAUCCUCACUUUUCCACGGUGGCUUAAUAUUAAAUCAUUCCUAUGGCUCACUCAGAAUUGACAGGAUAUUGCAAGCAACGUAAUUUUGGGUAAGGGCAGCAUGUUCUUUGUUUGGCUCAGACUAUAAAUAAAUUACUGAAACUCUUGCCCAAUACUGUUAUAAAAUACUGUACUACUUUUUAGUAGUUUUACACAAACAUUAUACUCGCUCUUGUUAAGAAUUAUUCAAAUGUAUAUGUGACGAGAUCAGCGAUACGGAGCCUAAUAGCAGAUCUAAUGAUGGUUCAAUUUCUUAUAAAAGAUAUGGUUAAAUAUAGUUAAUGCUAAGUCUGGUUUUAGUCUCAAAUCUGCUGCAUCUGUCACGCUUGGUGCUGGCACGAGUCUCUGAGAAUAAUGGUAAUGUACCUUUUAAUAUUUAUGUAUAAUACAAAUGUAUUGCAAGAAGUGAAAUUUUAACUUUCUUAAUUAUAGACAAUUGCAGAAUAAAUACAUCAAAAGUAGCUAAGAAAGAAAAUUUUACAUUGUUGAAAGUGAGUGCUAAGAUUCUCACGCCCUGUAGAAAUGUUAAGAUUAGUACUUUCUAAUUCAGUCAGUAUGAUGAAGCAGUGUGAAAAUUGUAAAUGUUUGUUACUACAUAUUUUAGGUACUGUAUUUAAAGUUUUAAGUGAAGAAACAGUUAUGAGUAAUAUCAAAGGUCUGAAUUAGUGAAUACUGUUGUUGAAAGUCUUACGUAUGUAUUGAUUGCAAUUUGUUUUAGCACUGUCUUAUAUCAAUUUUAACUAAACUCUUACCCACCAGUACAAUAUUCAUAAUGAACCUAAUAAUAUAGAAGUAAUACUGUAUAACAGUAAGAAUCCUCAAAUAAUCAUCAUUGACCAUCAAUCAUUAUGUAAUCCAGAUAAGUCUGUGAAAAUGCACUUAAAUAUUAUUUUCUGUGGGAAGCCCUGUCGGCUCUUUGAAAUUAUCCGAACUGAUAUUUGCUAUAGUAGUUUGGGAUCAUCAGUCACAGGAGUUCUUAUGCCUACCGGGAACCACAAACCAGAACCUGGUCUCGUCAGAGAGGCACGGGGAGCAAUGGUGUAUGAGCAUUUUACAUUUAAAGUAUGUCAUAAUUGCCAUCGACUGCGGAAGGACCCAGAAAGGUAGGCGAAUCAAAACAGACCACUAUCUGGUUAACCUGUGCAAUCAACAUCCAAAAAGAUCAAAAUAACUCCCCAAAAAAGAAACCCAACAAGCAAUCCUUCAUGCAACUAGCACUUCUGCUUGUUAGCAUUACCCCUUCCCGGUGCCCCCGGGAGCUAAUUUUCCUCCCGGCUCGAGAAAAAGGCUAACCUCAUCCUCGGGAGCUAACUUCCCCCCCCCCCCCCCUCCUGGCUCCCCCUCUCCCCCGUAGGAGGGGAGGGUGAGUUGGCUGCUCACCACUCCAGUUCUUGAACAGAUGUGCUUACUUUGGUUACCUCAGGCCUCAAGUUCUGGAUUUUGCCAUGUGUGGCCGUAUCAGCAGUGUGUUUGGGUGUUGGCCACGUUUCUUCUUGUAUGUGGAUCAGCAUAUGCGUAGGGUGAACUUCCCUAGGUGCUCCGUAAGUACUGCCCUUGAGUUUCAGGGUUAUCUUACCUGGGGCAUUUGGGAAUCACUUCCCACUAGGAGACUUCAUCACUUGAAGUAAUCUUCAUCCUUGGGAUACUUCAGGGGUCUUGGGCUUUCCAUCUUGCCCUGGGUGGGGGAGUGUUAUUGGCUGGGUGUGGACGCACUGUAGCUGGGGCAGCCUGCCUUAUUACAACUAAGUGACCAAUGCUUCUCCCUGGCUGCUAGUUUGCUUGUUGUGUUUCUUCAGGGACUUUUAGUGUCCGUUUGUUGUUUUUAUCUUUUGUGGGCACUGGAGGUCUGCCUAGCCUCUUAUUAGGCUAGCCUAGGUGGUGUCGGUGGUCCUCCUCUGCUGCCCCCGACGGUUCACGGCUGCUACUGGUAGUCAGUUUGCCUGCUAUUAGACAGGGAUUCUACCGGCUUAGCUGGCACCAGCGCCUGGGCUUCUUGUAAGGCUCAUUUACCCUACUGGCCCUGGAAACCCUCUGUGGGCUCCGUGGUACCAUGGAUACUUUUUCCGAGUCCAUUCUUACCUUGUGCAAAUACUUAUGACAUAUUAUGACAUACUUUAAAUAUAAAGUGCUCAUAGCCCAUUACUCCCAGCAACUCUCUGAGGGGACCAGGUUCUGGCGCAUAGUUCUUGAUAGGCAAAAGGACUCCUGUCACUGAUGACCCCAAACUAAUAUAGCACAUAUCAAUUUGAAUAGCUUCAGGAAGCCUCCGGGGCUCACCAAGAAAAUGGCGUUUCAUUACAUUCAACUCUGGGUUUUUUUUAUGAUGUUCAGUUUCAUGGGUUAUUACUUUCUAAUGCAUUGACAAAAAUGUGUCCCCUGGAUUGCUGAUAAUGAGCAUAAAAUAUUUAUAUGGUAAAGUCACUCAAAAAUAUAUAUAUUGUUGUUUAACGAAUAUUUUCGACUUUAUAACAUGGUUAAACGCAAUGAAAAAGAAUGAGAUUGUAUAAGUUUAAUUGACACUGGGAAGUGUAAACUUAGUCACCAUUCCAACUAGUUCUAUGCUGUUCCAAAAAUAAAUAUAGCUUACUAGUUAAUAAAUAAAUUAAUCAUAUUCAAGGAAAUAUACAGUACCAGAUAAAUUUGUGUGUUUGUGCGUGUGUAUUCUCACCUACUUGUACUUGUGGGGGUUGAGCUUUGGUUCUUUGGUCCCUUCUGUGUGUGUGUGUAAUUACCUAAGUGUAGUUACAGGAU